AAGGACAGGGACACAUCUGGAAGCUACAGGACUUUAGGGGUGUUGCUCUUCAGCUUCCAGAGAAGUGAAGCUUUAAACCUGUAAAGUUCUGGGUUUCUGCUGUGUUCCUGCUUCUGGUUCCUCCUGGUUUCUGACGGCUCGGCAGGAAUAGAGGAAGUUCACGUAAAGGGAUGGAAAACCGUCUGAGAAAAGCUCUGGGAGGUUCUGAGUCACAGCGAUGAGACACAGCGGUGCGGCUCUGGAGCUUCAUAUCCUCCCUGGUCUCUUCAUGGACGCUCCGUGGAUCUGUGGGCCUCUGCUUCUGCUGCUGUGUGUCCCUGGAGCUCUCGGCUCCGGAGACGACAGCUGGUCCAUGAAGGUCCAGUCGGAGGUUCGAGGUAUUGACGGCUACCCGGUGGUGCUGCCCUGCACCUUCAGCCACCCGCAGCACUCCCAGCAUUCCUCGCUGCAGGUGCUGUGGCGCCUGGGCCACGGAGCCGCCGCCACCGUCCUCUUCCGGUGCACCAGCCGUCCCGGGACCCCCGCCUGCGAACCGGGACCGCAGCAGGACCAACGGUACCGCCUGGAGGGCAACCCGAGGGAGCACGACCUGUCGCUGCGCAUCAACAGCGCCGCCCUGCAGGACAACGGCCGUUACUACUGCAGGGUGGAGGUCCAGGGGCGAGAACGCGUCAGCUUUGAGGAUAAAAUGGGGACCAGGCUGCGAGUGGAAGCUCCUCCAAAGAUCCUGGCUCUGUCCGUGGAGGCCAGCCAGCCGUACCGGGCUCUGUGUCGGGUCCAGGGGUCGCCGCUGCCGGACGUCCAGUGGCUCGGCCCGGACGACCCGCUGGAGGCGUCGCCCGCGGAGCCCAUGGCGCUGGACGCAGCGGGCCGGUACCGCACCGUCAGCCAGCUGCUGGACGUGGAGCCGGGUCAGCAGUACACCUGCAGCGCCUCCAACCCGCUGGGCAGAGACCAGGCCACCCUCUACGUCCUGCACCCCCCACCCGUGGCCACGGCCGCCGGGACGCCAACGCCUCUCCUCCUGCUGCUGUCGGUCGCUGUGGGGGCCAAGGUGGUGCUGGUGGUGGGGGUCGGGGUGUGGGUGGUCCACGGAGGGGUUCUGAUGGGACUCAGCUGCUGGAGGAAAUAACUUCUCAGCUUUAGUGAUACCUGUAAUGCUGAUUAGAGGCUUAUUUAAUAAUAAAGCCAUGGUGUUACUCAUUAAUAAUCUGAAAAUGCUUCUGCAGCGCCUUUGGUAAUUUAUUCAACAACUUAAUAGCUUUAAAUUUCAAACUGGUUCUGAUCCGUGGGUCGGUCGGGUGGUUCUGGUUUUAACUCCGUCUACCUUCUGCUGUUAUUUCUGUCAACGAACGUGUCAGUGUUGUGUCACCAGCUCCAGUCAAAAGGUCUGAACGUGUUUUCAUGGUGACAGAUUAUUCUGGAAGUAAAGUUAUUUACCAUGUGUGGCAGUUUGGAAACUGUAAUUAUCUACUUUAUAUUGUAUAUUUGCAACUGCUCACAGCGUUGUGCAAAAAGAACAUUUACGUAAAUGCAGGAUAAAGAUUUUCUGUCCUGUCAUGGAUGUGGAAGAUCCUUGCUGCUCGCUCAGUUCUGCAGCUCCUAAUGUUCAACAUUUUAAUCUUUUAUUUGAUGAUAAUCAGUUCGUCUGAUUCUCCAGAUUGUGAGCGGGACGCACAGAAAGGUUGACACAGCUGUGGGUGAA